AUGGCUAUUUACUCUUUUUGGAUAUUCGACAGACACUGUAAUUGCAUAUUUGAUAGAGAAUGGACUUUGAGCUCUAAUAGCUCUAGCGGAACGGUAAAUUCUAAACAAAACGAAGAAACCGCAAAAUUGCUAUAUGGGAUGGUAUUCUCACUGCGUUCAAUGACACAGAAAGUUUCCAGUGGUCCUCUCAAAAAUGAAAUCAAAAGUAUAGCCACAGGUAAAUAUAGGAUACAUGUUUACUGUACGGCCUCCGGCUUACAGUUUGUUUUGAUUACAGAUUUUAAGCAGCAGUCGUACACCGAGGUUUUACAGUAUAUUUACAGUCACAUAUAUGUGAAAUAUGUUGCCCACAAUCUCUUUUCAGCAUAUGAUUUUGCAGAUAACAAGAACGAAACCAGGGGUCAAGGCUUCAGAAAGAUCGCUAAUAGGAAUUUUGUACAAAGUUUGGAAUCCUUCUUAUCACCUAUGAUUGUACAGUAG